GCCAGCACAUUAUUUCCUCUAGUAUUCUUUUAAUUUCCUUCAGUUCAAAAACCACCGACAAAUUGUGUGCUUUGUUUCUCGCUCAUACGCUUGGUUGCUCAAACUGUAAUGAUUCUUUAAUCGCGCAUUCUUAGCGAGGCAGUGUGCUGAAAAGUCAAACUAAAUAUAUAUAUCUACUUAAAUAUCUGUAGUAUAUGAACCAUUGUUCAUACGAGUAAAGUAAAAGUCGUGUUUGCCUUUGGUGUUUGUUUUGUGACCUAACCGCCUUCGUCGGUGUACUCUGUGCGGCUUUUUGUGCGCCCAGGUAACCAAAAGAAGCAUUGUCGCAAUUAUACUAAAUGGUAAUCGUCAUAUAUAACAACAAUAAAAAGGAAUAUUUACAUACAUGAAAAAUAAACAAAAACACAGCCAUACAUAGAUAUACGCACACAAACAACUAAACAGCAUUACAGCGAAUAAAAACACUUUUUACACAGUGUUCAUAUAAAGCAGCAUCACAAAGACAACGCAGCGAAAAUGAGCACCGUCGAAGAAAUCCCCGAAGCCCAGGAGGCCAGCGCCACCACCACUGCCCAACAGCAACCUGUAACGUCCGCGGCAACGGCAGAGCCCGAUCCCAACGUCCCCAUCCCGAGUGUGCCACUAGCCGAAUUCACCACUCCUCCCGCAACACCACCACCCGAUGAGAGCGAAAUGGCUGCCGCAAGCAAAGAAGUAAAUCCCGAAAAUGCUGUCGUCUCUACUUCCAGCAGCAGCGAUGGCAUCUUCUCGUUGAUCUAUACGGUUUUCAAGAAGGUCGCCGUCGUUGGUUCUAUUUACUUGGUUGGCUAUAUGGGCUGGAGUGUUGCGUGGCUGAUAGCGCCGGUAAUCCUUUCCGUGACGCGCGAUCAAUUCCGCAAAACCACCGAAUACAAACGAAACAUUGCCAAAGCGUCAGCAAUGGCCUCCGAGAAGGAUGUCAUACUGGCACGCAUCGAUGAACUGCCAGCGUGGGUCUAUUUCCCCGAUGUGGAGCGUUGUGAAUGGGUCAACAAGAUCCUCAAACAAGUGUGGCCCAAUGCCAAUCACUACGCGCGCAAACUCGUCAAAGAGACAAUCGAACCGAAUGUUGCACUCGCUCUAGCCAACUACAAAAUGAAUGGCUUCCGUUUCGAUCGCAUGAUACUCGGCACAAUACCACCACGCAUUGGCGGCGUAAAGAUCUACGAUAAAAAUGUCGAUCGUAAUGAGAUCAUUAUGGAUUUGGAUCUAUUUUAUGCCAGUGAUUGUGACAUCAACUUCUAUUUGGGCAGCAUGAAGGGCGGCAUUAAGGACUUCCAAAUACACGGCUGGGUGAGAGUGGUUAUGAAGCCACUCAUACGUUCCAUGCCGCUGGUGGGCGGUUUGCAGAUUUUCUUCUUGAAUAAUCCGAAUAUCGAUUUCAAUUUGGUUGGGGUUAUUGAUUUUAUGGAUAUGCCGGGUUUGAGUGAUUUGCUGCGCAGGAUUAUUGUGGAGCAAAUUGGUGCGGUAAUGGUGCUACCAAAUAAACUGCCGAUCACAUUGAGUAAUGAGGUGCCAGCGAUCAGCUUGAAGAUGCCAGAACCGGAGGGCAUUUUGCGUAUACACGUCGUUGAGGCUAAAGAUCUCAUGAAAAAGGAUAUCGGUGUUCUGGGUAAGGGCAAAUCCGAUCCUUAUGCGGUGAUCAAUGUGGGCGCGCAGGAAUUUAAAACACAAAUUAUUGAGAAUAAUGUGAAUCCCAAGUGGGACUACUGGUGCGAGGCUAAGAUAUUUGUUGAACUGGGUCAAAGUGUUGACAUAACGGUACUCGAUAUGGACAACAGCAGUGAUGAUGAGAAAUUGGGCAGAGCCACCAUCGAGAUUUUCAAUGUGAUCAAGAGAGGCGUUGUGGAUACGUGGCUAACCUUGGAGGAUGCCAAGCAUGGGCUCUUACAUGUACGCAUGCAGUGGUAUAAGUUGACUGCCGAUCCCAAUGACCUACAAGCGGCGCUGCUGGAGACACAAUUGCUGCGCGUAACUUCCAUGAGCACAGCACUACUCACAGUCUUCAUCGAUUCGGCCAAGAAUUUAAAGCAAGCUCGCACCAGCUCCAAACCUGAUCCCUACCUAAUCGCCAUGGUUGGCAAGCACAAGGAACAGACUGCCAUGAUAAUGCGCGAUGAUUCGCCUGUUUGGGAGCAGGGCUUCACCUUCCUGGUAGGCAAUCCAGAAAAUGAGUCACUUCAAAUACGCGUUGUCGAUCAGAAGACCGGUAACGAUAUCGGACAGUAUACUUACCCGGUGAACUUGCUGCUACCCAAGAAGAAUAUGGAGUUGAUGUCACAACCAUUCCAGUUACAGAAAUCUGGUCCCGAAUCGAAAUUGAUCAUGUCACUCUCACUGCGCAUACUCAAGCCUGGCGAGGUGGUAGAAGAGAGCGAACAAAAAUCUGGUUCCACAGAGUCUUCGGCAGCGUUAACGCGUUCGAGCUCGGUGAAAACGCCAACGCUGGAGAAUGCAAGCAGCAAGGAUCUACAGUCUCCAACUAGCCGUAUUUCAGCUGAGUCUCCCAUUGUCGAGGAACAGGUCGAGACAAUGAAGCCCUCACCCACCGCCACACCCUAUUCGGCGGCGCUCGAGUCUGGCGAAGCUGUGCUCACCCAUCGCAUGCCCGAUUUGUCUAGUUCGACUGGCGAGUAUGGACUCGGUCGCAUGUUGCUUUCUAUACGCUACAGCGUGCAGCGUCAAAAACUUACCGUAACUGUGCACAAAAUUAUGUAUCUGCCACUACGCGAUCCCUCAAAUAUACCAGAUCCAUAUGUUAAACUCUAUCUACUGCCAGGGCGUAGCAAAGAAUCUAAGCGUAAAACGAUGGUGAUCAAGGACAGUUGCAAUCCUGUUUAUGAGUCGACAUUUGAAUAUCUCAUUUCAACCGCUGAGUUGGCACAAACCGCACUGGAAGUGACUGUGUGCUCACAAAAGGGCUUCAUCUAUGGCGGUAGUCCCAUUAUGGGCAUGCUAAGAAUUGCACUAAAUGAUCCAGAGAUCUCCACUAAUGGUCUGAAUUCAUGGAUGGAUCUGCAGCCGGAAAUAAAGCACGAUUAAGCGGAGGACAGGAGGGACAUUUGAACUUGGUGGAGUGUGUUUACUAGAGCGAGGCAGUUCUUGAAAGAACUCCGCUGAGCAGCAAAGUAUAACUAUUUCAAACAAGCACCUAAUCAAAAUAUUGCCGUAGUACUUCAUUUUUCCAAAAUGGUUAAAUGGAAUGUUUAUUUAAAAGCUAAAGGGUAUUUUUAAAGUGAGGUGUUAGCUCUCAUUCGUUAGCUUUAAAUUUGUAUACAGCAAAUGAACAGUUAUCUUCCGAAUGUAAGUUGAUUAUCGCCUGCGAAAUCGAACCUUAAGCCUCGCGCACACGGAGAGCUUAUAAUUGAGCUGAGAGAUGAGCUGGUCGGCGUGCUAUUAAGCGCUGUUGGAGUUGUGUAAGUAUUCAAUUGCGCGGAUUAUCUUAAACACAUGCGCUGUGUUUGUCCGUUCUGCUUGCUGACCAACUCAGCUAUAAGCUCUCUCUAUGUGUGAGGCCUUACUCAGUAAAAUAAGAAUGUGCUACCAAAAACUGUUGUCCAACAUUAUAUUCAGUGCCUAUCACACAAAAGUUUCAUACUAUUUCUUUUUAACAAAAAAAAA